AUGAAAAUUGUAUUACUAAACUUGUUAUACUUCUAUGGAAUGUGUGGUUUAUUAAAGGAAUGCCUUCUUCAUCGAUAUUUCAGUAAGGAGCUUAGGUGCAGCUUGCAUGGUGAAGAAUCUGAUGUAAUUCAAACAUGUCGAAGGUUACUGGGCGAAAGGCAAAGUUUGAAUGUCAUGCGCUUCCUUCAAGCAAUUAAUGAGAGGCAUGAUAUUUCGGAAGGCUUAAAUAAGCUGCAAUGCAAGACGCUCAUUUUUGUGGGUGAUUGCAGUCCAUUCCAUGCUGAAUCAUUGUAUAUGAAUGCUGUAAUGGACAAAAAGAUAUGUGCUCUCGUCGAGGUUCAGUCAUGUGGCUCUCUAGUGACAGAAGAACAUCCCUAUGCAAUGUUGAUUCCCAUUGAAUUCUUUUUGAUGGGGUUUGGCUUCUCCCGGCAACGACCUCUUACUACAUCAAGUAAUGGGUCAAACCCUGCCAGUCCUGCAAGCCAUUCAUGCAUAGCACCUGAGCUGCUCUCCCCCGAGAGUUUAGGGAUCAAGCUCAAACCUAUUAAAACCCGUGGAAGAGAAAGAAGUAGCCUCCGGAGCACUUUUGAGUUGUGCCACCUUCCGGGCCAGUUCCGCAGGGCUACGCUUCCAUCUUCCCCCAAAAGCCACAUCUCCUCUUUGCCUCCUCCUGACCGUCUUAAUUUUCUGCUGGGGAUGGAGAUGCCUAUCUGA